AUGCUACAAGCCGCGACCUCGCGCUCGGUCGACGUUUUUGAAAAGUUGGAACAAGUUGGGGAAGGCACUUAUGGACAGGUAUAUAUGGCUCGUAACCGGUUGGAUGGGGAGAUAGUCGCCUUGAAAAAGGUCAGGAUGGACAACGAAAAAGAAGGUUUCCCUAUCACUGCGAUACGGGAGAUAAAAAUCCUUAAAACACUCGAUCACAAGAACGUGAUAAAGUUAAAAGAAAUAGUCACGUCUAAGGUCCGCAGCCCUAACAAGACCAGCAUCUAUAUGGUAUUUGAAUACAUGGAUCACGAUCUCACCGGUCUAGCUGAUCGUCCCGGGAUAAAAUUCACAGUCCCUCAGAUAAAGUGCUACAUGAAACAGCUAUUAACUGGCUUAACUUACUGUCAUCUUAACAACAUUCUUCAUCGCGACAUCAAAGGCUCCAACCUUUUGAUAGAUAAUCAAGGCGUUCUGAAACUUGCUGACUUUGGGCUCGCUAGACCCUGCGCUCUUGAAAACUCAAAAACUUUGACGAAUCGCGUGAUCACCUUAUGGUAUCGACCGCCUGAACUACUUUUGGGCACGCAGACAUAUGGCCCAGCAGUCGAUAUGUGGUCAGCGGGAUGUAUAUUUGCAGAGCUACUCUAUGGAAAACCGAUCCUUCCGGUACGUGACGAGGUGGAACAGCUUGACUUGAUAUUCAAACUGUGUGGUUCUCCUGUGGCGGAUGAAUGGCCAGAAUAUAGAGAGCUCCCAUGGUCGAAGAAGUACACAAAGCAAAAACCGUUUCAGCGACGAACUCAUGAAGUUUUUCGCAGAUUCCCCUUGAGUGCACGGAAUCUCAUUGACGGCCUCUUAGCGUUGAAUCCUCGAAAACGUAUGACAGCCAAAGAUGCCCUGGACUCGGACUAUUUUUGGGAGGAGCCGAUGCCUUGUAGUCCGCAGGACCUUCCCAAAUAUGAGCCAUCUCAUGAGUUUCAAACUCGUAAACGACGUCAGGUGCGUUUUUGGUGCCCUUGGUGUUUGUGGUGA